AUGGCAUCUACCCAGGAUACAUGGAGAAGCUCUGGUAUUCCUCCACGGACCCAAAACUUCACACGGACAAGAAAUAACCCGCUGAAUACGACCUUAAUCAAUGUAUCGCGUCAAUCUGGCAUCGUAGAGCAGUCAUUCGCGGGAUCCAAGCUAUGCUCUGGCGAAGAUAGCCAGGCUCACCAGUUUGCUCGCGCCCGUAAUGCUCGCCUGAUAAUGAGUAACACCAUCCCUGAUAUGCAAAAUCCUGCUACCAAGCUAUACUGCAUUUGGUAUCCAGAACCUGCAUCGGAAGAAACCUACCGCGAGCUUGCCCUCGGCCGCGUAUGUGCUGCUGCUUCGUUUACGAAUCUUUACAAAGAUUUGGAUCUUCUGCCAGACGUAUCUAUUGCUGAAGAAGCCUGCAACGCUGCUGAAGACGCCGAAAUCUACAGAAUUAUUAUGUUGGCCCCUUAA